CAGAGGGCGAGGUGCGUCGGGCGCCACGUCGGCAAGCCGCGGGAGGAGGCUUCGUGGACGGAGCCCUCCGAGGCCGAGAGAGUGGGAGAGAGAGAGGCACGGAGGCGCCGAGCGGAACGCAGCGCAGGAGAGGAGAGAGGCUAUUUCUGCAGGACUGUCACAGCUCUGGUGUAAAGCAGGCAUGACGGAGAAAUUUACAGUGGGAGUUGUGGAUGAAGUAACACUCGUGCGCCGUUGGUUUCCAUGGGAGACUCCAGGCCCCCUGAGAAUUUCAAUAAAUAUGCAAGCUCGAGUCCUAUUAAAAUGGCAUAGGGCAGCAGUGUAGGUGAUGGUGAACUCCCGAGAGGCAAUCAUGAACCAAACAGACAACAAUGAACAAGAAGUCCCUCCAUAUCUUAAUGAUCAGCCACCAGAUGAUUUGUUAAAAGAUCAUCCUCAGCAACAGGCUGGCAUGCUUUCUCGGGUGACGGGUGGCCUCUUCAGCAUAACAAAGGGAGCUGUGGGUGCCACAAUUGGUGGCGUAGCAUGGAUAGGAGGAAAAAGCUUUGAAGUGACCAAAACGGCAGUAACAGCUGUGCCUUCGAUGGGAGUCGGAUUGGUUAAAGGAAGUGUUUCUGCUGUCACAGGAGGCGUUACAGCUGUAGGAUCUGCAAUCUCAAGCAAAGUGCCUUUAACAGGGAAGAAAAAGGAUAAGUCUGACUAACAGAGAGACUAAAAGAGACCUGUUUGUCAAGGACAUUGCCUGCAUGGCUUUGAAAUCUGCAAACCUUUGGACUGCUACAAAGCCUCAGGUCUUGAGACACAUCUUAAGAGCUGUAUGAGUAACGUUCACAUCAAAGGGACAGAAACAGCUUUGUGUCGAAGUGUCUAAAACUUUUUUUUUUCAAGCACUCAUCUGGUGAAAUGUUACACUUGAAACACAUGUAAUCAAGUGCACGGAUCUGAAAGAUGACUCAUGUCUGAAUAAUAGUUCACUGUAGAUCUUUUUCAGUCUAGAAACUAAAAAUGUGAAAUAAAAUUGGAAAAAGCGACCAAGCAAAAGUUUAGCACUUUUGAAGGUCCUAGUGGUUCCAAUGGGAAGCAUUUGAAAUACAUGCUCGACUCAUCCUUUGAACUCUGUUGAACAUUAGAGUGCUUACUUUUUGGCUAGAUUGUACCUUUAGUAGGUAGCCUCUGCAGUACUAUAAAUAUAUUGAUGUUCUAAGUACAAGUCUUUGGCUUCUGUAUCAUCUUGAACAAGGAAUCAUUGGACUGUCUAAAAAAGGUCUUCAUAUAGCUUUGCUUUUUGAAAAUAUUUUUAUACACUUAAUUCUUUGAAUGGUGACUGCUGUCAUAAGGGAUGUGUGGUGUGUGUGAAUGUGCAUAUAUAGACCUAUAUAAACCCAAAUCAUUCAUGCCUUAUAGUGAAAAACAAUCUAUUUUUACUUAGUAAAUUCUAUAAGGAUUUUGUAAUGUCCUUCAUUUCAAUGCAGUCUAUGAAAAAGCUUUACACUUUAAAAAAAAACCUAUUGAUACUGACUGAGGAAAGACUGCUAAAUCUCAGGUGUAGCUAACUGGUACCUACAUCUCACCUGCAACAUGGAAGUCCUUUGUGCUGUUGUUUAAAGUGAAAGAGAUGUCCCAAGUUUACAGUCUGUGCUACAUCGGUUAACUUUUAGCCCUGGAAUAAAAACACUUCUUAGUGGUUUAUUCCUCUCAAAAAGAAAUUAAGAUCUGUUCCUUCAACAUAGGGCACUAAGCCAGCAACUGCUGCUCUUGCACAUCACCUGUUUCAUUGUUGGUACAGAAUAUUUAGAAACUGUGAAGUAGCAGUUGUUAAGGAACUGAACUUCUUGUCAUUUUCAGUAUGAGGACAUAAUGAACUUUCCAUAGACAUGACAGAUUUGGAAAAAAAUACAACCCAACUGAAAAUGAAGAAAAUUUAAGAUAACUAGGCAACUUGCAUAAAAUCAGUGUAACACAUACAUUUCCAGGGUUUUUUUUAGCAAGAUAUAGAGUAUAAUGUGCUCUCUUGCCCUGAAAUCCCAAUCCAUUAAUUCCAACGUAGUCCUCUGAAGUCAGAGGGGUGGACUGUGGAACAAUUGGAUUUAUCCCUUCUGAGUUUCAUUCAGAAGCUCUUCAGCAUGUUCUUGUUGACUCUGUAGCGGUUUUGUAGUCUGUAAAAGAUGGCUGAAGUUCACAUGAAUAUUCUGUAUGCAGUAUUUCUUAAAAUGUGUGUGUUGAAAUAAAAGGAAAAAUGUGAGUUUGGUCAGAUUAUGAUUCUAAACAGUAGGUCAGUGGGCGGUGUUACUUUGUAAAACUGAUGAGGAAAAUCUAUAAUUUGUCUAGAAUUAUGAGAAUUUUAUAAAUUAAACCAUCUGAUAUAACUGA